AGCUGAUUUUUGUGUUUAAAGACACAUCAGUUCAUUUUUUUUAAAUAACUAUUGCAAAAAACUCUAAAUCUAAAUGUCGGCAUUAAAAUAUAGAAAUUGCAGUUUAGUUUUACUCUUCACGCUAUAUGUUUUAAUAGCUAGCAAUGUGUUGUGCCAUGAAGCCAAGGAUUUUGAUGAUUCAGUACUUUAUAAAAUCGAUUUUGAAAUGCCGGAUUUUGACAAGGAUCCUGACUUGAAAAAUCAUCUCCGUACAUUCUACACACAUGAUCAUGAGAAAUAUGACUGCGUUAUACCAGUUGUUCAAGACACCAAAGAGGAGCAAACUUCCACUGAACCUGAACUUUCGCCAAUAACUCUGCUGCAGCCUUUGUUCUCGACAUCGAGUUGUUCAUACAGGAUUGAAGCUUAUUGGUCGUAUGAAAUUUGCCAUGGUCAACACGUACGCCAAUCGCACGAAGAAAGAGAAGGAAAAAAUGUAAAACUACAAGAAUAUUACUUAGGCAAAUGGUCAGACGCAAAGACCGAAGAAUUAACAAAGACUUGGGAAAGUGACCGCAAAGCAGGUGUGAAAUAUAAGACGACGAAAAUUGAAAAUACUAGAUACCCAUAUUUUGAAAUAGCAAUGUCCGAUGGUACUAUGUGCGAUAUUAUUGACUCGCCCCGCACAACUCAUGUACGUUAUGUUUGCUAUCCGCAUGGCAAGAACGAAAUAUAUUCAUUUAAAGAAACAUCUUCUUGUAAUUAUGAGGCUAUUAUUCUGACAUCAGUGCUUUGUAUGAUCCCCGCUUUUCAUCCAGAAGAAUCAAAGGAGGUUCCCAUUAAAUGUUUCAAUUCGCCCACUGAGAUACAUAAACCGCUUAGUAUGCUACGUCAAGAGCUUAGUGAAAUGCAAUUAGCCGAUGAUGAAUUACCCGUAUCGAAAGAUGCUAGUACUGCGGCUAUGGCUUUGGCUCGUUCUGCAGCAGCUACAGAGCGAUUGUCUUUCUUUAAUAAAAUCGGCACGGAUGUGGAUAAACUUGUACUUGAAUUGAUGAUUGGCGCGGGUGUUGACGUGCCUGCCGCACCAGCUGUUAAUAAUGAAGUUAUGCCACAUGUACCAAAAGCACCUAUCACAGAUUUAACGGCAGUCAAAGAAUUUAUUUCGGGUAAAAAUUGUUUAACUGGCGGCACUGGUUGGUGGAAGUAUGAGUUCUGUUAUGGUCGACAUGUGCGUCAAUUUCAUAAGGACAAAAAAUCUGAAUCAGAACUCUUCCUGGGGUACUUUUCGGAGAACUCACAUCGGCAAUGGCUGGCCAAAAAUCUUGAUAAAAUGCCCAAGCAAGGAGGCUAUUCCUCAGCACUUUGGCAUCAUUAUGAUCGAGGGACACACUGCGAUCGCACCGGAUCUCCACGUGAAGUAGAUGUCAAAUUAAUGUGCACGCCUAUCAGUAGUAGUUCGAGCGCGGUUUCCAUUUACCUAUUAGAGCCAAAAACAUGCCAAUAUAUUUUGGUGGUGGAGUCACCAAUCGUUUGCGAUCUGCUAGAGUUUGCUGACGAAUAUGGUUUGGUGCAUGAAGAAACUCUUCAGCGUGUAUUGCAGAAAAAUGCAUUAGGAAAUGAAGAAAAGCCACCAACUGAAGAGUCAGUUAAAGAAGUAAGAAAUGUUGGGAAUAAUGCUUUAAAUGAUGCACGACCACCACAGGAUGUACGUGCUUGAAUUGUGCUAAAAUUGCUAAGUUGCAAAAUUUAUAUGUAAUAACUAUCCAAAUGGUAUUGGUAUGUACGUGAGUGAUAUGUAAAAUUUAUUUUCACGACUAUGGCUAAUAAAUUAACUGAAUUUUUUAGUGAUUACA